AUGCCUGUCAAGCGAAAUUCAGUCAAGACAUAUGGUAAAUCCCCUUCAUCUUCUUCCUCAAAGAAGAAAUUGCCAUCACCAGCCACAAUGGCCAAGACCGGUAGAAAACCUAAGGAGGGCGGGAAGAGCAGGUCAGAAGAUUCACUCACACCUCCUCCACCCGUUCUUUUUCCCUCUCCGAAAUUGGAUAAAGAUCUCACAUUGAACUUCAUCAUUCUCCUCCUUGAAAACAUGAAAAAUAUCGAUUGGUUUUCCAUUGCUAAACAAGUUGAAACCCCCCUUAUCUCUUCGAAUAAUGGAGGAAAAGGAAGAAAUGGUAAAUCAAAGAAGGAAGAUGAAAAGUUGUCAGGUAAUGAACUUAGAGAUCUUUUCAAUAAUACCAUUCUUCCUUCUCUCAAAAAUGGGAAUCUUCCUUGGUCCGUCACCAACGCCAAUACAUCCUCACCGUCCCUUGAAGGUGACAAGUCUACUUCCAUUGCAACACCUUAG